AUGAGAUCGCGGGGGCGUGGGGGAAGAGUGGUCUCAGCCAGGGCCGUGAUGAGAUCGCGGGGGCGUGGGGGGAAGAGUGGUCUCAGCCAGGGCCGUGAUGAGAUCGCGGGGGCGUGGGGGAAGAGUGGUCUCAGCCAGGGCCGUGAUGAGAUCGCGGGGGCGUGGGGGAAGAGUGGUCUCAGCCAGGGCUGUGAUGGGAUCGCGGGGGCGUGGGGGGGAAGAGUGGUCUCAGCCAGGGCCGUGAUGAGAUCGCGGGGGCGUGGAGGAAGAGUGGUCUCAGCCAGGGCCAGUGGUCUCAGCCAGGGCCGUGAUGAGAUCGCGGGGGCGUGGGGGAAGAGUGGUCUCAGCCAGGGCCGUGAUGAGAUCGCGGGGGCGUGGGGGAAGAGUGGUCUCAGCCAGGGCCGUGAUGAGAUCGCGGGGGCGUGGGGGAAGAGUGGUCUCAGCCAGGGCCGUGAUGAGAUCGCGGGGGCGUGGAGGAAGAGUGGUCUCAGCCAGGGCCGUGACGAGAUCGCGGGGGCGUGGGGGAAGAGUGGUCUCAGCCAGGGCGGUGAUGAGAUCGCGGGGGCGUGGAGGAAGAGUGGUCUCAGCCAGGGCCGUGACGAGAUCGCGGGGGCGUGGGGGAAGAGUGGUCUCAGCCAGGGCCGUGAUGAGAUCGGGGGGGCGGGGGGGAAGAGGGGUCUCAGCCAGGGCCGUGACGAGAUCGCGGGGGCGUGGGGGAAGAGUGGUCUCAGCCAGGGCCGUGAUGAGAUCGCGGGGGCGUGGGGGAAGAGUGGUCUCAGCCAGGGCCGUGACGAGAUCGCGGGGGCGUGGGGGAAGAGUGGUCUCAGCCAGGGCCGUGACGAGAUCGCGGGGGGCGUGGGGGAAGAGUGGUCUCAGCCAGGGCCG